GUAAUAAGUAGCAAGACAUAUUCGUUUCAAGUGCAUUUAUAGCCUACAAAUAAAUAUACGUUGUUUCUUUAAAUUUUUUUUUGGAUCUGUUAAAUCUACCACAAAAUGAAGUGGAUUUACGCUUAUUUUCUGAUAAUUUUAUCAUAUUCAUUGAUAUGUGGUAAAAAAAAUUACUACAAUAGUGAUGAAGAAGAGGAUGAUAGAAAAUUCGAUAAAUUAGAUUAUUCAUUACAAGAAGAAAUGUCCGGUGGUGACGGUGACUAUUAUGGUCCCACUGAAAGUGACCCACCACAAGAUCGUAACGAUGAUGGUGCUGAAGGUGAUCCGAAAGAACCUGAAAGUCGUAACCAAGAAAACAAUCCAAAAGAGGACGGUGAACCAGAAGAGCCAGAAAAUCCCAACUAUGGUGGAGAGUCGUAUAAUUCUAAAGAACCUGACAAAUAUACUGAUACUGAGAAUUAUAAUUCAGAUAAUAAUGAAAAUAACGAUAAUAAUGAUUAUGGUAAUAAUUACAAAAAAUAUCGAAAAGACAAAUUGAAAAAAAAAUCUACUAAAUCAAAUGAUAAAAAAUACUAUUCUAAUGAAUCAGAUGAAGAUGAUAAUGAUAGUGAUUCAAAUGAUUAUCGUGAAUAUGGUUAUCCGAGAAAACGGAAAAAAAAAUUACUGAAGAAAAAAUCUCAAAAAGAUUCGGAUAAAACAGAUGACAAUGAUGAGAAUUAUAAUACUGAAAGUUCAUACAAAAAAUAUUCCACUGCUAAUAAACGAAAUAAAUUUACAUCAAAGAAAAAAACCUAUGGUGGUAAAUACUAUGAUUAUAAUAACAGCGACUCUACUGAUGAAGAGAACUACGACGAUCGUAAUUCUAAGUAUGGAGGAAAAUACAAACCUUCAAGGAAAACAAGAUCUAAACGAAAACGAAAAUACUCCACAUAUAAUGGUGAUGAUAAUGAUGAUGACCAGGGUGAAAGCAGCAAGAAAUAUCAGUCAAAUAAUGGCCGGAAAAAAAAGAAAUCUACGAAAACUGGUAAUAAGCGUAAAACCUAUGAAUCCGAUCCCUCUGACACUAGUUCUAGAAAGAGAAAUCGUAAGGAAUAUUCUGAUAAAACCAAAUAUUAUGCUGAUAAUGAAAGGGAUGAUGAUGCUAAAGAAGAAUAGAUUGAUGAUGAAUGACAAUAAUAAUAGUUAUUCAAUUGUUACAAUGAUAUACUUAAUGUUUAAUAUUGUCUUUUUAUCAAAUUAAUAAGUGAUUGUUUCUUUUUCGAAUUAAGGGAAAGAAAGUAUAGUGCAUUAAAACAAAUGUUUUGCUCAAAGAAACAAAACUAUGAUAUUUGGUUCAAUGUACUCUAAAAAAAUUCAUAAAAUGAUUAUAUAAUAAUAAGCAUCAACUGUUGUACAAGUUUUAAAUUUUACUUAGUUGUGAUGGUCUACAAUUUAGACAGAAGAAAACUUGGAAGUAAUUAUUAUUAUUAUUAUUAUUUUCUUGGUUUUGUUUCAGUAGGAAUCGAUAAAAGUUAUCAAAACUUCAAACACUGUUGAAUAAACGUUUCGAUCUAAUUGGGUACUGUUCAACAAUACUCACUGAAAUCAUGUAAAUGUCAAGCUACAUAUUGAUGCCACUUCCGGUCAAACAUAGUUUUUUAUACUGGUAGGCCCUUUUUUGGGAAAGAGACAUACAUAAAAGUUUUGCAGCAGCUGUUUCUUCAGGUUUUUUUUGUUUUUUGUUCCUACUGCCUAUUCAGUAAUAUUUGACCAUAGG